AUGAGCAAGUAAUAUAAUAGGAGAGGUAAUUAAAAGCCUCGUUAAGAAGUGUAUGAGUAUGUAACUAAGGAGGAAUAUGAACAAUAACAAAUAUAGUAGAAUUAAGAAGAAUAACAAAAAACAUAAAAUCCAUAAAAAAAAUAAUAAUAAUAGAUUUAAAAGAAUAAAUAAGUUGAUGAGAGAAGAGAAUAUUAGUAGUAAUAGAAUUAAUAAAGAAAAUAACCUGAGUAAAAGUAGUAUCAGAAACAAAAUAAUUAUAAGGACAAUAAAAAUUAUUAAAAAAGAUUUUAAUAGAAUGUUGAGAUAGAUGAAGAUUAUAGAAGAGAUGAUCCAUUAAUUGAAGAAGGUAUUUAAUAAUAUACAAAGUAGAUACUUAAAAGUUUGAUAUAACAAAAGUGAAGUAAAAAGAGUUAACAUAGACUUUAAUAAAAAUGCUGAAAUAUAGAAAAAUAGAAUGUCCAGUAUGUUAUGACAAAAUUCAUUAAUCAUAAAAGAUAUGGAGUUGUUCUUAAUGUUAUUCACCAUUUCAUUUAUAUUGUAUGCAUAAAUGGAUAAAGAAUUUAAAUCCAAAAAAUAUCAAUGAAUUGUAUUAUUGGAGUUGUCCAAAAUGUAAUUUAUUAAUAUAAGAUAAAUUACCUGAAUAUAAAUGCUUUUGUGGAAAACAAAUAGAUCCAGAAGCAGAUUCCUAUUCUAUUCCACAUUCAUGUUCAUAAAAAUGUUAAAAAAAGAGAGGAUAAUAUUGUCCACAUCCUUGUCCUAUGGAUUGUCAUCCUGGACCAUGUCCUGAAUGUCAUGUAUAAGGAGUGGAAAUUAAAUGUUUUUGUGCCAAGAAGACUAAAUAAAUGCAAUGUAGUGAGAUUAAAAAGGAUUUUUCAUGUGGUUUACCAUGUGGUAAAAUGCUUAAUUGUAAUAAUCACUUUUGUUAGAAACCGGUAAGAAAUAUAAUAAAUUAUAAUCUUAGUGUCAUAAUGGAAAUUGUUAACCAUGUAAUGAAACUCAUGAAGUCUAAUGUUAUUGUGGAUCAUAAAAAAAUAUUAUUAAUUGUGCCUAGCCUUCAUAUUCUUGUGGUAAAAUAUGUGGUAGAAUACUUGAUUGUGGUAAACAUUAAUGUUUAGAAUAAUGUCAUCCAUAAUGUUAACCUUGUAAAUUAAAACCAGAAUUAGUAAUAAAUUGUGCAUGUGGAAAAUAUAAAAUUAAUGAUUUAAUUAAAGAAUAAAGAAAAUCAUGUUUAGAUCCAAUUCCUAAUUGUGGAACACCAAUAGAAACUACUCUUUCAUGUGGACAUAAAAGUAGAACAAUAUGUGGUUCUGAUUAUCCUGAAUGUGUUUAAAAAGUAAAAGAGAAAUGUAGAUGUGGAGAUUCUACUAGAGUAAAAUUAUGUAAUGAUAAAUCAAUAUUUUUGUGUGAUGAUGUAUGUAAAAAGAGAAAAUCUUGUGGAGUACAUUUUUGUUAAAAAGAAUGUUGUCCACCUGGAGAUUAAGAAGCUCAUCUAUGUUUGAAAGUAUGUAAUAAACCACUUCCAUGUGGUCAACAUAAUUGUGAUUAAUUUUGUCAUAUUGGUGCAUGUUAAUAAUGUCCAAUAAUUAUUAACUAACCUCUAUAUUGUCCUUGUGGUAAAAGUGUAAAAAAUCCACCAAUGAAAUGUGGUACUGCUCCUCCUUCAUGUUUAGAAGUUUGUAAUAAAGUAUUAGAAUGUGGUCAUAUUUGUAAAUCAUUAUGUCAUCCUGGACCAUGUCCUAAUUGUAUGGAAUAAAUUGAUAAAUUCUGUAGAUGCAAAUAAAAUAAACUUUCAACUAUUUGUUCAAAAUAAGCUGUAUGUAGAAAUGUUUGUAAUAAAAUAUUAAAAUGUGGACAUAAAUGUUAAGAAAUAUGUUAAGCAUAAGAGGAAUGUCCUGGAAAUGGACCUGAAGGUUGUAGUUAAAAAUGUAAUGCUAAAAAAUUAUGUAAUCAUUUAUGUUAAGAAAUAUGUCAUCCAAAUGAAUCUUGUCCAAAAUAACCUUGCAAAAUAUAAAUUAGAAUAGUAUGUAGUUGUGGUAAUAGAGAUACUUUCACUGAAUGUGGUGUUGUUGAUGAAUUAAUUGAAAAAACUUUAAAAUGUGAUUAAAAAUGUUAAAAUAUUAAAAGGUUUGGUGCUUUUUAUAAAUCUAAUUCUCUUGUAGAUAUUGAAAAAACAUAUUAUCCAGAUAUCUUACUUAAAUAUACUCAUUAUAAUUUAUAGAAUCUUUAAAAAAUGGAAGAAAAGAUUGAACAUUUCCUUGUACAUUCUAAACCAGAAGAUGGAUAUGAUUUUUCAUUCCCUAGGUCUGAAUGGUCUGAAUUGAAGAAAGUGGCUUUAUAAACUCUAUUUUCAAGACAUUAUAAAUUUGAUGUUUAAAUUCUAAAAACUCAAAAUAAAUAAUAUUUAUUCAGUCUUUAUAAAACUUAAGAUACUUGUAUACCUAAAAUUAAAUUAUCUGAAUAUUUUAUUAAAGUAUAAAAAGGAAUAAUCAAAAGAGAUCAUCAACCAUUUAAAGCAAAAAUUAAGACUUUUUAUGAAGUGUCAUCAACUGAUGCUUAUAAUAUUGAAAAUGCCUUGUCUGAUUUUAAAGGAGAUUUUUAUUCUGAAAGAUAAUCUUAAUAAUAUAUACUUAAUUUUUGGGAUGAAGCUCAAGCUGAAUUAGCACUUAAGAAACUCAAAAAAGCAGUUGGAUUAUUAAAUGUAAAUUGGGUUUUAGAGAUGAAUCAAUAAUGUUUAGAUGAAUACAAAAGAAUAUUUGAUCCUGCUUAAGAGACUGAUAUUAUUAUUAAACCCAAGAAAAUGAAAUAAUAUGAAUAUGAAGAAUAAACAAUUGAAAUAUAAUAUACAAAAUUAGAGGAGGAAAAUUUCAAUAAACUUUAAAAAUAAUAUUCUGACAAAGCCAAAUUGACUAAAAAAUGUGAUGAUGAAGAAAUUGAAGAAAGAAUCAAUAAUUAAUAAUUAUCUAUUUUCGAAUAAGAUGGAUUUUAUUAAUAUGAAAUUUAACCAAUUAGAGAUAAUAUUAUUAGAUAAUAUAAAUAAGAAUAAAAACCAUUUACACCAGAGUAUGUAAGAACACCAGAUACUUUAUGUAAAACUGUAGAUUUCCUACUUCAAAACUUCUUGAGAGCAGAUGAUCCAGAUUCAGAUUUCAAGAAACCUAUGAAAGGAGAUACUCCAAGAGAUAUUGUUUAUGAAGACAUUUAUGAAUUCAUAAAUGAUAGAUUAAAAUAAAUUAGAGUUGAAUUGAAUUACCUUCAAUAUGAGGAUGAGAGAAUUUAUGGUAUUAAUAUUAAUUCAAUAUUUUUUAGUUAAAAUCAUUCGAUUUUAUGUAUUAUCUCAUUCUUAAUUAAUGGAUAAUCAAGAAAAUCUUAAAAUCUUAUGUGAAUUACUUAAUACAUUCAAAAAUGAUGAAACAUUAUAAUAUAUUUUAAUAUUAUCUUGUUUCAAUGAAAUUCCAGAAUGUUAAGAAUUCUAUUCUCAAAUGUUAUAGAUAAAGGAAUAUUAAGAUUAAAAUCCUAUAAUAAGAUUAGUUACUUAAAUACAUUCAAAAUAAUAUCAUAAAUAUUUUGAUUUCUAUCAUAAGUAAGAAAAUUAAUUGAUUAAAUCAUUGAUGCAUGGUUUCCUAAAUAUUAUAAUUAAAUAAGUGAAUUAAUAAUUUUAAGAAAUAGUUUCAAGUUUAGAAUAAGAUUAAUAAUUUAUAGCUAUUAAUAAAUUAUUAGAAUAAUUAUAAAUUGAAGAUAAGAAUAAUUUAAUUGAAUAUUUAAAUUAAUUGGGGUUGAAUGAUCUUUAAUUUUAAGUUUCACAAUUAGAUUGUGAAAUUGAAGAAAUAAAUAUCUCAUAAAUUUUAUAAUAAUUAAAGAAAAAGAAACCAUUUGAAAUUCUAGAUAUUGAUAGAUUAGUAACAAUAUUCUGA